AUGAGCUACUUCCCAGGAUCGAAAUAUCUCUUUUUGUUUGUCUACCUUUUCACUUUUAUCACAGGGCUUCCUCUUAAUAUAGCUGCCUUAUCCAUACUUGUUAACAAAUUCAAUCGCAAACUUCUUCCUGUGGACAUCUUGUUGGCCAACCUGACAGUUUCAGAUUUGCUCCUAUUGACGUUCCUCCCUUUCCGCAUGGUUGAAGCAGCAUUUGAUAUGCAUUGGCCAAUGCCCCAUGUUUUUUGCCCUCUGUCUGCUUUUAUGUACUUCAGUAGUAUUUACAUCACCUCUCUGUUCCUCAUGGCCAUAAGUGUCGAGAGAUAUCUGGCUACAGCAUUUCCUAUAAGGUAUAAGAUCCUGAGAAAUCCAGUUUACCCCUUGGUGGGAAGUAUCUUCAUAUGGUGCAUCGCAACAGUUCACUGCAGUAUUGUCUACAUUGUGGAACAUAUCGUGCCAGAUAACAUGACAACCGCAAACUAUAAUGUGUGUUAUAGCACAUUUUCACCACCUCAGUUGGAAGUUCUACUUACUGUUCGUUUAGAAAUAUGUUUUGUGCUCUUCUGUAUUCCAUUUAUGAUCACCAUUUUUUGCUAUGGGAAUUUUAUCAAGAUCAUCAUGUGGCGGUCUCGUCUGGACAAGAAAAGGAAAAUAAGAGCUAUUGGCCUAGUGAUGGCCACACUCAUCAAUUUUAUCGUGUGCUUCAUGCCUUACAACGUAUCCCAUAUUGUGGGCUUUAUCAAUAGCACAAGUCCAGACUGGAGGGUCUACACUUUACUCCUCAGCACCUUCAAUGCAUCAUUGGAUCCCAUCAUAUUUUACUUUUCUUCUACCUCUUUUAAGAAGUCUUUUCUGGAGGGUUUAGUCCAUGUAUUCAAAAAGUUACAAUUUAGCAAAUGUUGGCACAAAUUGUGUAUUGCGCCCUGUAAAAUGGAGACAGUGGAUAUCAAUGUCUCUGCUUAA